CUCGUUCUCGUUCUCGUACGUUCCUGCUUCUAGAUCCUAUCACCACCCCCAGCCACUUUCCGUCUCCAUCCAGCGACUUCCAAAACUCUCCAUAAAACGCUCCCAACCUUCUCAUUUCUGCAUCGACUCACAGCACUCACAGAUCGCAACUGAACUGAAAACCCUAAUCGUUAAUUCUAGCUAAGAAUAUAUGGCAACGACACUGGAGGCGAAGGAGAAGAAGAACAAAUCGAAUGAGGAGGAGCCAGUGAUCCUAAGGUUGAGGCACAGGGACGAGGAAGGACGCAAGUGUGUGGAGAAAGCGGAGGUCACGACCCAUAACCCUGAGACCAUCAAGUACAUCGAGAGGAAGCUCUGUGAUACGGGAGUGCAACGCAUGGAGCGUCAUCCUGUCGAUGGACUUCCUCUGGUUCAUUUACCCAAGUCAGGUCACGGCGGUAAGUAUACUUGGGAGGGUCCCGGUGACUAUACGGGGAAUGAAUUGGAGGCCGCGCCGCCGGCUAUUGACGAGAAAGACCCGAAUUAUGUGGAUGAAGAGGAAGAAGAGAAGAUCUUGAAGGGUGAAGAAGAGGAGGUUGCUGGGUUGGUGGUUGGAGAGGUUGAGGUGGCUAAGGCUGUUGAGGAUAGGGAGGGUCUUGGUGUUGCUAGAGUUGAGGUUCGUCCUCCUCCUGAGGUACUCUGAGAUCAGCUUUCUUCACCUUUCUUCAUCUUUCUAGUUACCCUUUCUAACUUGUCUCCGUCGGUGACCGGCUGUGACUGCUUUUAAGGGAAUUGAAAAGAAAAAGGAGAGAGAGUGGAAGGGAUGAAUAAUGUAACAACGAUUAUAUAAAGGAAAGUUGGGUUUGUGUAUGCAAUUGAGAAGA